AUGCUAUAUUCUAUAUCCGACUCCACACCGUCCUAUGAGUUUCUUGAGAUUAUUGAUGGCACCAAUCAUCUCUCUCAACUGUUUCGCCAGACUCCUGUCAUUCCUGCUACCACUCAAACUGUCGAGGAGAAAUCAAGAAACUUAAAGGAAAGUCUUUGGAUAAAGCUCAUAUUGAUUCAAGAAAUCUUGAAUUUUGUUAUGGGUUUGUCCUUAUCAUUGUUAUCAUCCGCCUGGGAAGAAAUCUUGCAUCAUAGUUUCAUAAUCUUGCCUUAUGAACUUGAUAAUGAAUCGAACACCGAUUGCUUCAUAAAAUCUGAAUCCGAUACACUAUCAAAUGAACCCAAAGAUUCAUAUGUUGAUCAUAGUAGAAAAAAAUCGAUCAAUUUGAAGAAGCGUGAACCCUUAAAGAUAAUGCUAGAAACCACGCUUUCUUUCAAGAAUCUUGUUCAAGAUUUUAAGAAACCCGAACCCAAAAACCCAAAUCUUAAAACGGGUCGGUUGAGUUCUCCCGGGUCAACCAUAUUCUUUUCGCCCCGACCCGUUAGUGAACUCAAUGCAGCUGCUACCACAGUUCAAAAAAUAUACAAAAGUUAUCGAACCCGAAGAAAUCUAGCGGAUUGUGCUGUUGUUGUUGAGGAAUUAUGGUGGAAGGCUUUAGAUUUUGCAAAGUUGGAUCGGAGCUCCGUUUCGUUUUUCAAUGGUGAGAAACCCGAAACUGCAAGUUCAAGGUGGGUCCGGGCUGGGACUAGAGCUGCUAAAGUUGGAAAGGGUCUAUCCAAGAAUGAAAAAGCCCAAAAAUUGGCCUUACAACAUUGGCUUGAAGCUAUUGACCCACGCCAUCGAUAUGGCCAUAAUUUACACAUUUACUAUGAUAUCUGGUUUGAGAGUGAAAGCAACCAGCCUUUCUUCUAUUGGUUGGAUGUUGGAGAUGGCAAAGAAACAAAUCUUGAAAAAUGCCCGAGAGUCCGUUUACAACGACAAUACAUUACAUUCAACAGAAGGGAAAGGGAAUCAUACGAAGUUAUAGUUGAAAAUGGGAAGCUAGUUUAUAGACAAACCGGUUUGUUUUUGGAAACAAUAGAGGGUUCUAAAUGGAUCUUUGUUCUUAGCACAUCAAAGAACUUGUACGUUGGACAAAAGAAGAAAGGCUUGUUUCAACAUUCGAGUUUUCUAUCCGGUGGUGCCACCACCGCUGCCGGAAGAUUAGUCGCCCAUGGCGGCAUCCUCGAGGCUAUUUGGCCUUAUAGUGGUCACUACCUCCCAACAGAAGAGAACUUUAGAGACUUCAUAACCUUCUUGGAGGAGAACAAUGUUGAUCUCACAAAUGUCAAGAAAUGUUCUGUCGAUGACGAUGAAAUGAGCUUCUCGUUUAAGUGCACCCAACCGGAAACAAAGCCUAAACCCCUUGUCAUUCCACGAACAAGGCCGCAAGACAUCCUAUGUACAACUACUGAUGCUGAGCGUACAACCACACCAAGCUUUAUUCAAGGUCUAACCAACGGGCCUAUUUCGGCCCACAUGUCGUGCAAAUGGGCCUCAGGAACAGGGGCCCGAAUCGGUUGUGUGCGGGAUUACCCAACUGAGUUACAGUUUCAGGCCCUUGAACAGGUUAACUUAUCUCCUAGGACAGUUACAGGAAACUUUGGGCCUGUCCCGUCACCGAGACCAAGCCCAAAGGUCCGACUCUCUCCUAGGAUUUCUUACAUGGGACUUCCAAGUCCAAGGACCCCAAUUGCUACCGCUAGCUAAGCUAACAGAUUUGUUUGAGGUCCUUUUAGUUUUGACUUUUUUUUUUCACAAAGUUGAUGGAUCACGGAUUUUACUUUAAAAAAGUUGAGAUGCUCAUAUUCAUUUAUUUAUUUUUGGAAAAUAUACUAAAUUGUUUGGAUAGUUUUGUUAAGCCCCAGUUUUGAUCACUGCCCCU